GAGCUCGCGUUGCUGCUUGCACAUGCGCCCCUGGUGCUACAAGUUUCCUAUGAAACCGGAAAGACCGCCAGGAAGAAAAGACGCAGUCAGGUAGCUUUCACCAAUCAGAGUGAAAAUAAUAAUAACAAUAACAGGCAAAGACAAACCAAAUAAGAAACCCACAGGAAAACAGGAGAGUGCAGACGUUUUCCACUCUUUGAAGGUCUAAUCUCCCAGAUAGUAGGACUUGGAACAGAACAUCUUCUAAAGACAGGUAUUGAAGAAAGUUUUGUCAAAAAUGUCAUUGUAUCCAUCACUGGAAGAUUUAAAAGUAGAUAAAUUCAUUCAGGCCCAAUCUGCUUAUGAGCUAAACCCUUCUGUGACAAAUGUACUACCAGAGCCAUCACGAUUGGAGAAUGUUGAAGCUGUUGUUGAAGACAAAUCAAAUCUUUAUCCCAGGCUUUAUCCAGAGUUAUCAGAGUUCAUGGGUCUUAGCCUCAAAGAAGAUGAAAUCCAGCAAAAUCUUGCCUUGAUUCCUGCUGUUCUACAGACUGGGGAAAUAGCAACUCGACCAUCAGCAUUAAAUUACAUGAUUGCACCAGUAACUGGAAAUGAUGCAGGAGUUCGAAGAGCUGAAAUCAAACAAGGAAUUCGAGAAGUAGUUCUGUGCAAAGACUUUGAGGGAAAAAUUGGAUUACGUUUGAAAUCUGUUGACAACGGCAUUUUUGUUCAGCUUGUUCAAUACAACUCACCAGCAGCAUUGGCUGGCAUGAGAUUUGGAGAUCAGGUGUUGCAGAUCAAUGGGGAGAAUUGUGCAGGAUGGUCUACAGACAAAGCUCAUAAAAUUCUUAAGCAAGCAUCUGCGGAAAGGAUUACAUUUGUUGUUCGUGACAGACCUUUUGAACGAACCAUCACUUUGCACAAAGACUACAAUGGACAUCUUGGAUUUGUUUUUAAAAAAGGCAAGAUAAGCUUCAUUGUGCAAGAUAGCUCUGCUGCUAGAAAUGGUCUUUUGACAGAACACAAUAUUUGUGAAAUCAAUGGACAAAAUGUCAUUGGACUAAAGGAUCCUCAGAUCUCUGACAUUCUUAGUUCAGCAGGAGGUGUAAUAACUAUGACAAUAAUGCCUUCGUUCAUCUUUGACCAUAUGAUUAAAAAGAUGUCAUCAAAGAUUAUGAAGAGCCUCAUGGAUCACUCAGUUCCAGAAGUUUAGUGUACGGCAUUCUUUGACAUUCUUGGAAGAUCAGCCAUUUAGCUGGCCCUGGCCUGCAGUUCUGUCUUUAUCCUCCAGGUUGCUGCCUCUGUGUUUUCAGCAGUUUCAUAUCAUGCAAGCAAGCAUUUAGCUAAGGGGCCACUGCAUGAAUGAGUUUCUAAAAGUCACAACACUAAUCUGUAUAUACAGUUCUGAAUGCUGUCCUUUCUAUAUUCUACAGAUAAUCUGUGCCUAAAUGCAGAGUUUCAGGGUCUUUAAAAAAUAAAACCAUGUAGGUUGGUAAUACAAUAAUGUGAUAAAAUGGAAAUCAUGACAAAAGUGUAAAUAUAUUUGGUUACACCACUAAUACUAGUUUUAUUAUGCUGCUCUCUUCUUUUAUUUUGAAAAUAUUUUAGUUUUUGCUGUUUUGUUUUUAAAAAGCUUUAAAAGUUAUUUUUUACUCCAUAGAAUCAUAUACAUAAGUGAGUUAAGUCAUUAUUAUUUUGGAUACUGGACAGCAUGGUGGCGCAGUGAAUAGUUCAUAGUGCCUGAGAUUUUGGCUCAAGCAUUUGGAUACUCUCAGGGGACAAUAGUUUCUUCUGCAUUACAAAGACAAGCAGGUUAGCUUCAUAAAUUACUGUAAAUUGGCUUUAAAAGGCACUAUAAUAUAUAUAUAUAUAUAUAUAUAUAAAAUUUAAUAUUAUUAUAUAUGGAAAUGUUGAUGUGUUGGUGUGUUUUGUGUCUUACAGUAAAACAGUUAUGUGUCCUGAAUUUCGGAGAUAUGUUCCAGCUCCAUGUGACACUUUAGGGCACUUAACAAGGUCUAGACAACAAAUGAUUAGAGAUAUAUAUCUAAUAGAAAUUUAUUUAUUUAUUUAUUGUAACCAAAUUCAGUCUCUAAAUUUCAAAGAAGCUAUUUUUCCAAGUGACUUGAAUCUGUACUUUUGUGUUCAUGGUAUAUGCUGUAAAUAAAAUAAUUAAGAUUUAUUCAACAUAAAGACUAAACAUACAUCAACAUAAACAUAGAAAUGUUAUUCUAGAAAUGUUAAUACUUUUGGGGGGGUUACCAAGUAUUUUACUACAUACAGUAACAACUAUAACCAUUUGGUACUGGUGUAUCUCAUCUCGGGUUAGAGUAGUUUAGAGAAGACUCUGUAUAUAGCAUACAAAUUUGGAUUAUUUCUAGAUUUAAUUAUGUAUAUUAUCACAAAUUUACAUGCAAAGCUCAUGUAAUUGAAAAUCUUGAGACCUGAAUCAGUUUAUACAGUGAUAGUACAGGAUGUACACAAGCCUGUGAGAUUUACUGUUGCAUGUUCAUUGUGAUAGCUAGUCUUUGAAGAUAUUUUGCCAGCAAGCAGUUAUUGAUAAAUGAGCAUACCUCCCCUCACACAAACUUCUGCUACUGAUUUGUGCAGAAUAAGAGGCCCAGUGUCUUUUCAGGGUUACAUGCAUUUUCUUUCAAUCUGCAACUUGUCAUACUUUGUUUUAUUUUGACCUUUGACCCCUCUGAAUGUUGAUUGGAUACUUGGAGGAUGCCCUGACUGGGAUACUGGUUGUUCCUGUAAGUUUACAUAUUUCUGGCAGAAUUUGUAAAAUGUUAGCCAUUUUUGGAAAAUAUGAAUGAUAAACAAAACACUGUUCUUUUGUUUGUCUAGUGCUCAGGUAAAACUACAGUAUUUGUCAUCACAGAAUUGUGUCUGUUCUAUUAGUAAUACUAAUGAUAACUAAAAUCACACAGAAGUUUAAGUAACAUUGAAUGUUUGGCCUGAUAAUAUACACUUAAGCUGACACACAUUGGUUAAGAUGGCUAUGAAGAUGUGUACCCAUACCUGUGCCUUGUUGUUUUAUUGGCUAAUGUGACACCUGGAAAAGGCCUGUUCCUCCCAAUCAGCAAUAUAUAUGUUAGCAUAAGAGGGGGCAUAUCUCUUCUCCAUCGCCGUCCCAUGUCUGUAAAUAAAGGCUACCAUUAAAUUCAAAUUCGCUAGAUUUUAAAUUUAGUCUUAAUAAUUCCAUAAGAUGUUUGUCGGAGCUUGUCCCAUCAAGAUAACGCUUAAAUGUCCUCUCUACGGCCUCCAAUCCCAAUUCAGUAUCAAUAUUGGUAUACAGGGAUUCGACGUCCAUAGAGAACAUAAAUGCUCCCGCUGGAAAAGAUUUAUUCUUAACCAACUGAAGAAAAUGAUAUGUAUCCUGUACAUAACUAUUGUGUCUCUGAGACAAAGGAUUAAGAUAAUAAUCAAUGAAUUCCGAAACUCUAUAAGAUUUGGAAGAACAGUCGAAAAUAAUCGGCCUACCUGAAGGAAUCUGGUAUGGUAUUGUCCAACUUUCCGGUUUCUUAUGGACCUUAGGUAACAAAUAACAUUUAUGAAUUGAUGGAUCUGGUGGACCUAUUAAAUACCGCUUUUGUUGGGCCAUUAUAAAGCCUUCCUCCUGCAUAGUCUCCAAAAUCUUAACCAUCCUAGAAUGUAUCUUUUCUCGACUAGACUUUUUAAGAGGUCUAUAAUGUAACCUGUUUGACAAUUGUCGUUUAGCUUCUCUAUCCAUAAUAAUCGUCAUGGACCCCUUAUUGGCUGGUUUAAUAAUAACAUGUUUAUUAUUCAACCUCAAUUACUCCAAAGAUACUCUUUCCGUCGAAGUUAAAUUAUCAGGGGCCCCAGGGAGAACCUGCAUCUUCGCUAAAUCCUGUCAGUUGUCCUUACUCAUAUCUACGAUGACCUGACUAAUUUUACUAUUUACUGGUUCCCAAUGAGAAGGCUCAACAAACACCUUUGGAGCCUGACCUCCUUAAAACUCAAAAUAGUCCAACAGUUUCAUUCGCCGAUGAUACUUACAUACAUCCCUCUUAAUCUCAUCUAGGUCUGUCUGUGUUGGAACAGGAAUAAAGGUAAGUCCCUUCUGUAAAAGUGAUACAUCUGCCUCCGUCAACCUAAAAUGAUUACUUAUAAAUGUUGACUUCCUUUGCGUCAACAAACCUAAAAGAUUCCUGAAUUAAGUCCAUACAUUCUAGUCAAUGGUCUACACAGACAUCAUUUACAGUGAGAUUUUUUUUACCUCUUGAGUAGCCCUUAUGCAUUUCAGUCAGGGCCGUACUUCUUUUGCUGACCACGGAAGCAUGAAGAAAGGAAAAUAAUUGCCAAAUGAUCUGCGAGAAAAAGCAGUUUAACUAUAUAAAUCAGGAAAAGGAUAUAACAAGAUAUCCAGUGAUUUGAACAUGCAAAUCAGUAGAGUUCAAAAUCUGACCAGGAAGUGGAAAAAUAGGUUAUGUUAACACCAAGCCACUAUUCGUUAGGCCAAGAAAGUUUUUAGACACAGCUGCCAGGAAAAUGCAAAGAAAACCCACAAGCAACUUACUGAAAUACAGGCUUCUCUGAAAUAGUGUAGUUGCUCUUUCAACAUGCACAAUAAGGAGAUACUUGAAUAGAAACUGUUUGCAAGUCAAAGUCAUUGCUGCACCAAUGCCAGAAAACAGCCUGCUGACAAUACACCAAACAGUAUUUGGAGAAGCUGUAAAACAUCUGAAAUAAAAUCAUUUAGAGUAAUAAGACCAACAUUUAACUGUAUGGUCAUCACCAUGAAUGUUAUGUUUGGAGAGAAAUCAACAAGUCCUGUGAAGAGAGCCUCACCAUCUGUAUUGUAAAGCAAUGGAGAUGGAUCUCUGCUGUUUUUGUGGAUGAGGAAGCUACAGUGGCACAGGAAAUUUAGUUCAGCCUGCUUGUUGAUCGCCAUUUGUUUUCACAAAAUAUUAGAGGGAAAUCUGCAUUCAUCAGCCUGCAAGCUGCGUGUGAGGUGCACUUUCCAACAUGACAUUGAUCCGAAACAUAAGGCCAAGUUGACCCUUCUGUGGCUUCAGCGGAAAAAACUAAAGGCUUUGCCAUGGUCAUCACAGACUCCUGACCUCAACAUUAUUGAGCCUCUUUAAAGAGAUCUCAAACAUGAAGUUCAUGCAAGACAACUAAAGAAUUUACAGAACCUGAAUUUUUUUUGCCGAGAAAAAUGGACGGCUUUACCACCUGAGAAAAUAAAGGGCCUCAUUCACAGCUAUCACAAAAGACAGCAAGCCACCAUUGAUGCUAAAAGGGUCAAUACACAAUACUAAGAUUAAAGUGUAGGCAAACUUUUGAACAGGAUCAUCUUAUUAUUUCCUUUAUAGCUGAGUUUUGUUUAAGGACUUUGGUAUUCUGUGAUACGCAAUAGUUUAUUUAAUUUGAAUCCCAUUAAAAAUAAAUGUCUUUUGUCUGAUCACUCAAGUUUUCUUUAAAAAUCAUACACAUCUUACAAAUUGACAGGGUAUAUAAACUUCUGAGUGCAAUUUAACGUUUGCAGUGCAGGAGGCAGAAGUUAAGAUGCUUCACCAACAUUUCUUCUGCAUGCGCUAGUAAUAACUUAAUAAUAAGUUUAUUUAAAUAAAGUGGUUGUGAUUGCAGCAUAUAUUGAUUGAUAUUCCCAAAGGAUUUUAUUUUCAUGUGGCUGUCGAGGGUCUUUCAAAGGAAGAAGGCUUGUGAAAUACUGUAUAUUCAGAAGUGGUGGAUUAUAAUGCAGCUGUACUUUAGAGAUGAAAGUUUUUCUUCUAAGUAAAUGUAGAAAUAUUAUGCAGAUUCUGAAGACUAGCUACUAUGAAACACAUCUAUAAGUAAUGUACAGAUGUAGAGCUGGAUUUGGUGUUUGCAAAUAACAAUAAUCAUGAAUUGUAGUCCUUGUCAAUUUGAAGAAUUUCAAAAAUAAUGACAAGUAUGAAGUAUUACUGAACCCAAAUGUUAGUUUUAUUUGCUUAAUUAGUUCAUGGAUAAGUGCAGUGUACCGUGAGCCUGCUUUUUGUCACGUGCAUGACUUUUUCUUACUUUGUGUUUUUUAUUUGUAUUUAUUUUUUUAUGAUUAAUAACUUUCUUUAUGCUCAUAUUUAAGACGUGGAUUAUCGUAAAAUGAGCAGAAUGUUGCACAGCAAUUUUGUUUUGAUGCAGCAGACCAUGUAAGAAUAAAAUAAAGAGUUCAGAAAUGGCAUAGCAAAUACCAAUAGCACACGAUUGUGGACUGACUUCUCUAUUUAUGACUUAAGGUGUGAGAAAUCCAGCUGUGUGACAGAAUCACACCAUGGUGAGAUUAGCACAACAGUUCAAAUACUAGCUGGGCGUUUGAUUUUAUAAAAUGGACAUUCCUAUGCAAUCAUUCAUUGACAGAGUAGACCACAUGUCGUCAGGUUAGUCAGUUUACUGAGUGAGUGCGUUUUUUCAGUUGAAAUCCUGCUCACCGCAAGAUUUCAGGAACGGGAAGCAUAACUGACAAUGGAGUAAGAAGUACCUCGAGUAAGCUGAUUUUUGUGGUUUCUGUUAAGUAAAAUGAAGUUACAUGCUUUAAUGGACAUUCCAUUGCAAGUAUUCCUGUUUAUCACGGUGCUGAAGAGUGUCAAAAUGUUGCAUUUUACUUGGAAUGCAAGUAAAAGUUUCAUUAAUCUUCUGUGCACGACAUGACAAUACUAUUACUGGGUGACAGGAAAAUGUGCAGCUGUACUGUACAUGCAUAUUCAUAUACUAGGAAUGAGUUCGAUAGUAGUUUUAAAAAAUUAGAUUUGUUCACUAAGUGAGUUAAUUUAACAAUACUUCUUAUGUAACGUGCGAAUUUCUGCACAAAUGUUUUUUUUGAAAAACUCAAAGCAUGCAUCUAUCAAAAGGCACUAACAACCUGGCAUAGGGUGAAAAGGACACACAUUUAUAAAGAUGUUAAGAGCAGAUGUACUUUACUUUUUAUAUUGCAAACUCAUCCCAAACAUUUAUAGUUUGUGUGUGCCACCCAACAUGGGCACAUAUAACAAAAAAACAGACAAUCUCACAGUUGUGUGUUUGACUGAACUCUUUCAUAUUUGUCUAAAACUGAAAUAAGAUGGUGUCUUACAGUUUUAUUCCUAUUAGUAAGUUUGUAUUGUAUUGUAUUUUCUGCCUUAAAAGAAAAUUUGAAAACCACCUUGUGAGUAUCUCUAAUGCUUUAAUUUUUCUGACCUUUUGUCUUAAAGUGCUUUGAACAAAAAUAUAAGGUGUAUGAAUGAUUUCAGGAUUCUUUUUCAGUUCAGCGUAAGCUUGCAUUGUCUGGUGGAGUUUGCUGUUUGCAGACAUUUUGUUUUUUGAAAUGUUUUUUCACUUCACACUUGCUUUAUUAAUAAUGAAAUGUACCUUUAUGUGUAAAUAGUAAUAACACUAAAGUUUCUAAAACGAGAAUAUUUUUAAGAGUUUGUUAAUGGGGGAGCAACUUGUUUGUUUUACUGAACAUAAUGUCAGAUGUUGAUGUGCUGAACCCUUUGUUUUCUUGCUGCUUUUUGGUUUGACUUGUAGAUGUUUGUGAUAUUAAGAAAUUGUGAACAUGUCAUCAUUUUUAUUGGGUUUGCUUUAAAAUAAAAGUGUCCUGUUCUGAAGUUUCAACUGUGAA